AUGGACAGUGGAUGUUUGGGUCUGCAGAAGCCCAACCUGGAGGAGAUCAAGCAUGCAAAGAACGCUGUAUUUUGCCCUUCGAUGUUCGGCAGCUCCCUGGAGGAAGUGAUGGUCAUGCAGAAGGAGCGCUAUCCAGAUCACCAGCUGCCCUGGGUGCAGACCAGACUCUCUGAGGAGGUGCUGGGGCUCAACGGUGACCAGACCGAAGGCAUCUUCAGAGUCCCUGGUGAUAUUAAUGAGGUGAACGCUCUCAAGCUGCAGGUGGACCAGUGGAAUAUCCCCACAGGACUGGAGGACCCUCACAUCCCAGCCUCGCUGCUGAAGCUGUGGUACCGGGAGCUGGAGGAGCCUCUGAUCCCUCAUGAGUAUUACGAUGAGUGCAUCACUCACUACGAGGACCCAGAGGCUGCAGUGCAAGUGGUGCACUCCCUGCCGGAGAUCAACAAGCUGGUGCUGUGCUACCUCAUCCGCUUCCUCCAGGUCUUCGGUCAGCCUGACAACGUGUCGAUCACCAAGAUGGACGUAAACAACCUGGCCAUGGUCAUGGCUCCCAACUGCCUGCGCUGCCAGUCCGACGACCCGCGCAUCAUCUUCGAGAACACGCGCAAGGAGAUGUCCUUCAUCCGAGUGCUCGUGCAGCACAUGGACACCAGCUUCAUGGACGGGUUGCUAUAGCGCCAGGGAGCCCGGGGGGGUUCAUAGCAAAAACACUACCAACAAACUAGCAAAUGGGAACAAACACACACACACACACACACCGGACGGUGUUUGUACUGACUGCUUGACAGAGCUGAUCUAAUACAGAGAAAGGACCGGAAGAGGGGCUGUUCAGU